GACGCCAGGAUUCCGGGGAGGCGGGGCUGAGAUUGCAAGCCGAAAGAGGCAAAAAUACAACCAAUCCGGGACCGGGGGGGGGCACGUAGGAAGAAGUCCCUCCCUUUCUCACCCUCUCUCUUUCAAGGUCUGCGUUCCGCCCCAUCUUUCUUCCCCAUGGCGACGACGCUGGCGCUGCCCUCCUGGCCCAAGCGGUGCUGCCCCCGAUCUCACCGGCUGCAGUGGGGACUGCUGGCUGGCCUGGUGGUCGUCGCCCUGGGCAGUUUCGUGGCCAGCGGGGUCCACGAAGAAUUCCUCUCCCUCCUUCUGGCCACCGGCGGCGGGAGGCGCGCCGUUAGCGCCCCCCUCCUGCCCUCUGCCGAGGCCUUCCUCCUGGUGCCCUCUGCCGAGGCCUGUGCCCCCCGGGCCCCCUUCUUGCUCGUCCUGGUGGCCAGCGCCCCCUCCCACGCCCCGCGGCGCCAGGCCGUGCGCAACACCUGGGGCGGGGCGCGCUGGGCCGCCGGGCAUCCCGUCCGGACCUUCUUCGCCGUGGGGCUGCCUCCGGAGCCCUCCCAGCAGGCCGCCCUGGAGCGAGAGGCUGCGCAGCACGGAGACGUCGUGCAGGGGCGCUUCCUGGACACCUACGGCAACCUGACCCUCAAGACGCUAGCGCUGCUGGGCUGGGCUGCCACCCGCUGCCUCGGGGCCGCCUUUGUCAUCAAGGCCGACGACGACAUCUUCUUGAACCUGCCCGCCCUGGCUGCACACCUGGCCGAACUCCCCAGCCCCCCGAGGCCCACGUACCUCGGGAGGAUCCACUGGCAAGUGCGCCCCAACCGGGACCCCCGCAGCCGCCACCACGUGCCCGCCUCCCUCUACCCGGACAGCGUCUUCCCCCCAUACUGCAGUGGCACCGCCUACGUCCUUUCGGGAGACGCCGUGCCCGCUCUCCUUGGGGCGGCCCGCCACGUGCCCCUGGUGCCCGUGGAGGAUGUCUUUGUGGGCCUCUGUGCCCGCCGGGCUGGCAUCGCACCCCGGCAUGUGGCCCACAUGGCCGGUUCCGCCCACUUCCCAGCUGACCCCUGCUGCUACAGGGAGGUAUUGUUCAGCGUCCAUGACGUGGCGCCUUCCAAGAUGACAGACAUGUGGAACGAGGCUGGCACCCACGAACAGAGCUGCAGCUCCUGGCAGAGGACUUUAGGGCUGCUCAGGUGCAAGGCCCUGGCGUGGCUGACGGCCCUGUGAGGGAGGCCCAUGCUGGUUUACACUGAGAGGAAAAAUGCAGGCGCUGGAGAUUCUGCAGGAGGGAGCCCUCACCCGGUUGGUGCUGUGGGAGCUUACUUGUUUAGGAACUGAGUGGGAUGCUGCCUGACACCGAGUCUGCCAUUGCUCCAUCUACGUCUGCCCAGGCUGGCAGCGGCUGUCCCUACAAGGAGAUGCGGGGACUGGGCCCUGAGCUGGGGCCCUUCCAGGAGUUGGAAUGCGAACCACUUUGGGACUGCCCACCUCAACCGUCUCAGGGGAGCCCCCUUUUGCAGCCACCCUCUCCACAGGCAGGUUUUUUGCAACCAGGAUGCCCCCUCACAUUUUCCCUCAACUUUUUUGCUUUAAAAAACAGGGAUGCUACGUAGACCUUCCUGGAUACACGUGGCACGGGUGAGACAUCAGCCCAGGUGAAACUGGAAGCCAGAAAGGUGAGCACGGCCCAGCAGCAUCCAAGGGGGAACUGUGGGGGGGGCUUCUCUUCCCCCCUCCCCCACUGAAAAGCAGCAGAAUAAGAUCAUGCAGGACACACGACUUGUGCAGGGCAGCCGGCUGUGCCUGGACUUUGUCUUCAGCCUGAUGUUCACUUGCUCAGCAAGUGCUGUAAGCGUCGGGGGGGGGGGCUGUUGUGCCACCAGCUCAUCAUGCUGCUUGCUCCCUUCCCCCUUUGCUACCUACCCUGAGCGGCAGCAGCAGCAGCAGCUGUCCCUGAUCUCUGGCAGAGAAGGGCCUUUUCCUGUCAGCAGAGGUCCUUUUGAACCAGAGACCAUCCAAAGCAGGUGUGUGGAACCUUUGGCCCUCUGGUCUUGCUGAACUACAGCUCCCAUGGUCCUCUCUGGCUGUUGGGACCAUGCUUGCUGGGACUGAAGGGAGCUGUAGUUCAGCAACAUCUGGAGGACCAAAGACCCCCCCCCCCAUAAUCUAAAGGCAGAGCUCUGCCUCCAAGCUAAAGGGGGGUGCUGUGCUGUUAAUUUUUGGAAAUUAAAAAUUGCAUUGGGCAGGGGGUUGGACUCGAUGGCCUUAAAGGCCCCUUCCAACACUACUAUUCUAUGUAGAAAAAGAGGAAGGCCAAACAAGAGAUGGAUUGAUUCCAUCAAGGAAGCCACAGACCUCAACUUACAAGAUCUGAACAGGGAGGUUUGUAAUAAAUGCUAUUGGAUGUCACUGAUUCAUAGGGCGUUGCCAUAAGUCAUAGUCGACUUGAAGGCACAUAACAACAACAAUGAAAGAGAAGCUCCAGUCUUGCUGGGAAAUGCCACUGUGCCAUAAAGGGAAAGCCCAGCGCCUGCUACUUUGGCAACUCCCUGGCGCAGCCUUCACCACCAUGGCGCACUCCUCCACAGCUGUUUUGGACUACAUCUCCCAUCAGCCCUCAGCCACAAUGGCCAUAUGAUGCUGGGCCUGAUGGGAGUUGUAGUCCAAGGCUUCUUUGGAAGCUACCUCCCCAGUUGGAGGCAGGGUGCUCCUGCAAGAGUUGCGCUCAGGUCCUGCUUGCAGGCAUCCCCUGUGGGGGCCUCUGGACGGGCCUUUUGAAAAACUGUGAUAGAUGCCGUCCCUUUGGCCUGAUCUGGCUGCGUUGUGGCCCAGGGGAGGAUUCCUGGAGCCGAGAUUCCACAUUAAACAUUUAUUUAUUUAU